GAGGCAGACCACACUCCGACCAUGCUCCCAACCUUGACCAGGUGGGCUCAGCACGCCGCACCCGCAGCACAGCGCCUCCAGCAGCUCGCAAAGCUCCGCUGCGACCUCCUCGGCACCGUCUACAACCCCAACUCGCUCCGCACCGGCUCAAAGGUCCUCAAGGCGCGCCUCAGGGGUCCCGCCAUGCUCCGGUACUACGGCGACCGCUUCAGCAGCUUCCGUGGCCUCAACAACGCCAUCCCGGGACUCGAGCUGCGCGACCUCGUCGAGGAGACUCGGCUACUCGACAUCGAGACGCUGCGCAAGCGCGGCAAGGUCAAGCCCAAGAAGGGCCAGGGUCGCCGCGCCUCGAUGAAGAAGCGGUAGAUCCACCUCGCCGCUCCUCCUCCCCGUCGUUCCACCUCGCGCCCCUCGCAUGGCUCCCCUUUCCUCGUUGUACCCGCAUACCCGAGCGCGCACCUCGUGCGCUGUAUCGCAAUCUCAAGGCCGUACCAUUC